UCUUCAAUUCCAUUUUUUCUCUUUAUUCUAGAGAGAGAGAGAGAGAGAAAUUUUGUGUAUCUAUCAUCGCUUAGGGAGCGAGAGACAGUCAAUCUAUCCUCUAUAGUCAAAUCAUUCCCUAUUUCGAUUCUUCCUCCUUUGAGGAAGAAUUUUGACCAUGCUUUAACAGCUUUGCUCAACCACUCGUCGUACGAUCCCCGAUUCAACUCGCUCUGCUUCAGAUUUGAUUUCCAUUUUCGGAGGAAUCGUUGUAUUCCGUGUUCUGGUUCUUUUCGAGCGCAAUGGAGACUCCACCUGCGGAACUGCUGCUGAAGAAGAUACUGGAGCUAGAGGAAAGUCAAGAGCAUCUGAAGCAGGAGAUGUCGAGGCUCAAGGUAUCCACCGAGAUUAGGCAGAGAUCGCAUUCCGUGUCGCCGCAUCGGCCGGCGAGGAGAUACAUCGGCGACGGAGCUCCUGCGUGGAGGAAGAGCGGCUCCGCCUCGUUUCGUCACGCUUCGCCGUUGCGGAAGGAGAGCCGUAUUCAGGCUUCGAUGAAUUUGAGAGCCGGAGGAGUUGGCGGAGGACCAUCGGCCGGGAAGUUCGCGGAUAAACACUACCUGAAUAUUUUGCAGUCGAUGGCACAAGCUGUUCAUGCAUUCGAUCUAAAUAUGCGAAUUAUCUUUUGGAAUGCCAUGGCCGAAAAGCUUUAUGGGUACUCUGCUGCAGAAGCACUUGGGGAGAACCCAAUUAAUAUUAUUUCAGAUGAUCGGAAUGCUGUCUUCGCGAUGCAUGUUGCUCAACGUUGUGUCAGUGGAGAGAGCUGGACAGGCGAGUUUCCUGUCAAGAAAAAAUCAGGGGAGAGAUUUUCAGCUGUCACUACAUGUUCCCCCUUCUAUGAUGAUGACGCUGCUCUUAUAGGGAUCAUUUGUAUCACAACUAACACGGCAUCGUUUCUGAACCCCAGAACCUCUUUGGCUAAAUUAAAGGCGCAAGAAGAAGGUGACAUGAGCACUAUCCCUGCAAGGAAUAGCUUUGCCUCUAAACUUGGUUUGCACUCCAGAGGAGCUGUUAUAUCGAAACUUGGCCUUGACUCUGAUCAGCCGAUACAAGUUGCUUUAGCUUCAAAGAUAUCAGAUUUGGCAUCAAAGGUGAGCAAUAAGGUCAGGUCGAAAAUGCGAGCAUCUGACAGUAGUGCCACACUCUCUGAGGGGGGCAGUGGGGAUAGUCAUCAUUCAGAUCAUGGUGUCGUCAGUGCUACUCUGUCUGACCACAGGGACGAUGCAGCAUCAAGUGGUGCCAGCACACCAAGAGGGGAUUUUAUCCAAUCUCCUUUUGGUGUAUUCACAUGUAACGAUGAAAAGUUUCUUUCAAAACCCUUUAAAGAUUCCAGUGAUGAGAGUGAUGGAAAGCCUGCACUCCGUAAAGUUCUCACCUCAAGAGCUGAAGAAUGGAUGGUAAAGAAAGGUUUGUCAUGGCCAUGGAAAGAGAACGAGCAGGAAGGUUCAAAAGGAAGGCCUACUCAUUCUGUAUGGCCUUCGGUACAGAAUGAAGAAGAGAAAGAAAAGUCUCUCCAGAUUAAUCCCUCUUCUGGUGUUAAGCCUGAAAGCCAUUCAUCUGAAAGUAAUAAGCCUACCAAUAAUGAGGGAGGUAGUUUGUGGUCUUCCUCUUUAAAUGCGAACAGCACAAGUAGCGCUAGCAGCUGCGAAAGUACCAGCAGUGUUAUGAACAAGGUUGAUACUGAUAGUGAUUCCUUGGAAUAUGAAAUUUUAUGGGAUGAUUUGACAAUUGGAGAACAAAUCGGACAAGGUUCAUGUGGAACUGUCUAUCACGGUCUCUGGUUUGGAUCUGAUGUAGCUGUAAAGGUGUUCUCCAAACAAGAAUAUUCAGAAGAGGUUAUACAAUCUUUUAGACAAGAGGUAUUGUUGAUGAAAAGACUAAGACAUCCUAACGUGCUGCUGUUUAUGGGAGCUGUGACUUCACCUCCGCGCCUCUGUAUAGUGUCAGAGUUCCUUCCACGUGGAAGUCUCUUCCGUCUACUACAGCGGAACAUGUCAAAACUGGAUUGGAGGCGUCGUACCCAUAUGGCCUUGGACAUUGCUCGCGGUAUGAAUUAUCUUCACUGUUGUAGUCCACCCAUCGUUCAUCGUGAUCUGAAGUCGUCAAAUCUGCUAGUUGACAGGAACUGGACCGUUAAGGUAGCUGACUUCGGUCUUUCGCGUAUCAAGCAUGAGACAUACCUAACCACCAAGUCCGGGAAGGGAACGCCUCAAUGGAUGGCACCCGAAGUUCUUCGAAAUGAAUCUGCUGAUGAGAAGUCUGAUAUUUACAGCUUUGGAGUAGUACUAUGGGAGCUUGCCACACAGAAGAUUCCAUGGGAAACUCUCAACUCUAUGCAGGUGAUUGGAGCUGUGGGUUUCAUGAACCAGAGGCUGGAAAUUCCAAAGGACAUUGAUCCUCUUUGGAUCUCAUUAAUGGAGAGCUGUUGGCACAGCGAUACGAAGCUGAGACCCACAUUCCAAGAACUGAUGGAGAAACUAAGAGACCUGCAGAGAAAGUAUACAAUACAGUCACAAGCUAAUCGUGCUGCCUUGCUUGACGCCACUUGAAGACUCAAAAACAUUCAUGAAAGCAAAGAAAAGAUAGAGAAUUGGCCUGUUUUUGAGCAGUAGGAGCGAGUAAGUGUAAUUACAACGUGGAGGAGACUGAAGAGCAGAGACAGCCACUGGAAUUCUGGGACUGCUCUAACAGGCAGUAAGUGAUGUGUGAUGUGUUCGGGUCAUUACACAAAUUGCCAAAAGAAACGUAUGGCUCAGGUUGGUUAGUGUAAUUAUGGUGAUUGGUUUUUGCUAUCUUUCUGUCGUGGAGGCUUAAAGCAAGUGCGUGAAAGGGAUUUGAUGUGAAGUUGAUUGCCAAAAUGUCACGUGCUUGAGUAUGUAUUCGUUGGGUAGGUGUGCAAGAGAGUAUGCUUGCAUAUGUUUAUAUGCAGACCUUAUACAUAAUACAUGUAUGUAAUGAAGCGGAGUCGAACAAUUUGGUGUUUUUGUAUAGGGAGGACAAAAAGGGAAGUGAAUAUAGCGACAUCAUUAGGGGAUUUUUUUUUUCUUUCUUUUGGAGCAGACAAAUAUUGGCAUUUGGGGCAUUU